AUGAAUCGUUUGACUGUAACGUUGCUUCUUUUGUGCGUGGUCUACGGUGCUUCGGCCGCGCGUCGCUACAUAGCCAUACCGGUGGACGGGAUCGACGUGAUCGAGCUGAGCCCAGUGGCACCGUCCAGGAUCACCCGGCAAACAGAGGCCUACGUACCAGUCGCAAUUCCUAGUAUAUCUCAGGAGGAGCUGAAAAGUCCACGGGCCGAGAGAUCAACCGCUCACAUCCUCGAUUACGUGGAUUUCGGCGCGCACACAGGUUCAAAUGGCGCCUUCAGUUGGUACGCUGAUUAUCCAGCGCAUCGUUGA